AUGAAAGUUGCUGCCUGGAACUGUAGGGGUCUUGGACAAGCGGACUCCCCUAAAUUUCCGUAUCUAAGCUCUUUAGUCCGCUCCCAUAACUUGGAUGUGGUGUUUUUGAUGGAAACAAUGGUUUCUGUGGAUAAUGUUGUGCUCAGUUUAGCAUCUAUUCCUUUUUUGGGUUGUUGUGGUGUAGAUGUUGUAGGAUUAAGUGGUGUUUGUAAAAUAGAGGUUGGUGAUGUGAUAAAAUUUGUGAUCUUUGUGUACGGGGCACCUCAUGUAGCAGAUAGAUCAGAUGUGUGGUCGUCUAUUGCUAGAUUUGUCCAAACUUACCCGAACAUUUUGUUGAUUGGUGAUUUUAACCAAGUCGGGUAUCUAUCGGAUAAAAUAGGAGGGUCUUCACUUAUUCCAGGACGUUUGGAUUUUAUUCAAUGGCGGUUGAAUUUGGGGCUUGUUGUUAUUCGCAGGCGACUUAAAGACUGGUGCCUUAGCCACAGGAAAUCUUGGGGAUGCUGGAGGGAGUCACACUCCAAAUUACUGUUUUCGGUGGUCCAAGCUCGUCGUCGUCGUAAUCUGAUUGUCAGUUUGAAGAAUGAUGCUGGUAUUUGGGUUUUGGAUUCUCUUGGGCUUCGCUCUCUUAUUCAGGCCUUUUACUCUGAUCUAUAUUCUCAUGUAUCUCCAUUUGGGAGUGACCCUCCUUUUUCUUGGGAUCACCUUGGCCUCCCGACGCUAUCCUCGUCUCAAAAGGACAUGUUAAUGGCCCCGUUCUCGCCUUCUGAGAUUAAAGCUGCAAUGUUUCAUAUUGCUAACGACAAAUCUCCUGGGCCUGAUGGCUUUACUUCGGCUUUUUUCAAUACUUAUUGGGAUCAUACUGGGCAUUUGGUUAUCUCGGCAGUUCAAUACUUUUUUGCUCAUGCAAAAUGCAUUACUGGCCGUCUGCGAGGGGUUCUUCCAUCUCUUAUUUCAGGGUUCCAGAAUGCCUUUGUGCCGGGUCGCCUAAUUUCUGAUAAUGCUUUGGUAGCUCACGAGCUUCUAUCCUUUAUGAAUGCUUCUAAAGCUCGGAAACCUUUUUAUGCGGCUCUAAAGUUGGAUAUGAAUAAAGCUUAUGAUAGAGUGCGCUGGGAUUUUUUAAGUCAGGUUUUACGGGCUUUUGGUUUUCCGCCUUAUUCGGUUCAUAUUAUUGAGCAGUGUGUUACAACUGUCUCGUACCAGGUUCUUGUGAAUGGGAGUCUUACACCGUCCUUUCGACCACAAUGUGGUCUUAGACAAGGUGAUCCUCUGUCACCAUAUCUAUUUGUUUUGUGUAUGGAGAUGUUGUCGACCUCUCUUAGGCGGGCGGAAGAACAGGCUUUGUUUUCUGGUAUUCGUGUGUCUAGGGGCGGACCUUCGAUUUCCCAUCUGUUCUUUGCAGAUGAUUCGCUGUUAUUUUUCCAACUUUCGCCCCAAGCGUGUGACAAUGUCAUGGCCAUUCUUUCGGAUUUUUGCUCUGCUUCGGGUCAGAUGAUUAAUCUUCAGAAGUCCUUUGUCAAGUUCAGCCCAAAUACCCCUCAAGACUACCGUGAUUUUUUAGCUCGCAGUCUUCGACUACAAUCGAAGGCUUCUUUUGGUACUCAUCUAGGUCUUCCUGUUGACCUUGGAAGGAGUAAAGUCGCGGAAUUCAGGUUUCUAAUUGACAAGGUUGCUAGCCGGUUGUCUGCUUUUGCUUCUCUUCGCUUGUUAGCAGCAGCGAAACUGGCUAUCAUAAAUUCGGUUUUGAUAGCAUCGUUUAAUCAUAUCUUGUCGGUUUUCAAGAUUCCGUCUUCUGUAGCUUCUCAACUUGAUAGCAUGCUUGCCAACUUUUGGUGGAGAUCGUCUGGUUCUCGGAAGGGUUUGGCGUUGCGCUCAGUGUCUCUUCUUCAUUUACCAAAAGGUUUGGGGGGUUUGGGUGUGCGCAACAUUGCUUGCUUUAAUUCAGCUAUCCUUGCUGGUACAGGGUGGAGGAUGAUUCGAAAUCCUCAACUUUUGGUUUCUAGACUCAUGUUUUUGAAGUACUCCUCUCUGCCAGUCAAUCCGGGAGCUCGGAUUUCUCGCCCCUCUUGGGGCUGUCGUGGGUUGCAGAUGGCUCUUUCGACUGUUUCUUCUGGUGUACGUUGGAAAGUGGGUAGAGGUGACAAGUCGGAUCUUCCGACUCAUGUGUCUGGUAUAAUUGAUCCGCGUUCUAACGAGUGGGACUCCUCGAGAGUCCAUCGGUUUUUUGAUAGUCCGACUGCCGUCAGGAUCCUUAGUUUGGAUCGUCCGCAGGAGCUUAUGGAUGAUUUUGUAUAUUGGAAAUUUACCAAGGAUGGCUCCUUUUCUACGAAGUCUGCCUAUGCUCUCUUACUUCAUCAGACUAUCAGGUGUCCUCCUUUGGGGUCCUUGCCUAUUCCCUGGUGGAAGAAAUUUUGGGCGCUCCCCCUUCUUCCUAAAUGGAAGAUCUUUGGCUGGAAAAUAAUUCAUGCUGGUAUUCCGGUUGCCUCAGCUCUAGCUGUUCGCGGCGUUUCCGUGGAUUCGACUUGCUGCUUUUGUCGAAGGGAGCAGGAGACGAUCAACCAUUUGUUUCGAGACUGUGAUUUCGUUACUCCUUUAUGGGUUCGCAGCUCGUUUCAUUUCAAUAGUCAGGGUCUUCUUCAUCUUCCCUUUCUCCAAUGGUUUUCUGUUAUGGUCUCGUUGUUAGCGGCUGCUAAGGAUUGGGAGAACUUGGUGCAAUUUUUCUCCCUUCUUUGGGCUAUAUGGUUGUCCCGUAAUAAUGUACGUUUUCGGCAACAAGCUGUCUCUCCGGAUGAUGUUUUGCUUCUUGCUUCUCAGUGGAAUGUGCGAGGGAGGCAGGCUCAGGAUUCUCACCUUCCUUCUUCUACUUUGGGUCCUAGCCCUAGGCCUGUUGGUUCGAGAUUUGCUGCCACUCUUGCUGGGGACCCUACGUUGGGGUUUAAUAUUUGUUUGAUUUGCGACGGGUCUUGGUCAUCCUCGGAUAAUUCGGCAGGUGCUGGUUGGGUUCUUCGUGAUUGUGGUUCUCCUUCAGUCCGAGGAGGAGGGGCUCGUGCUUCUUUCUCUUCUUCAGCCUUACAGUCUGAGUUACAAGCUUGUUUUUGGGGGUUACGCAAUGCUUUUUCUCGUGGUUUUCGUAGGAUUCUUAUUUACUCGGACUGUGAGCCUCUGUGUCGGAUGUUAGGCCAACAACAGAAAGAUGAGGUUUCUUUAUACUGGUUACUUCGGGAUACUCGGGUUCUUUUGUCUACCUGUGCGGCUUGUAAAAUUCUUAAGGUUCCUAGGGAAUGGGUGUCUCCUGUACACUGGUUGGCUGGAAAGGCUCGUGCUCGGGAGUGUUUUUUUGCCAUCAAAGGUCCAACACUUUUGAGUUAUUUUGUCAACAUCAUCCAUAUUUCUUAA